GACUCAUUAGAAAUCAGAAUAGCAGGUGGUUGGGUAAGAGAUAAGUUAUUAGGUGUCGAAUCAAAUGAUUUAGAUUUAGCAAUCUCUUCAUUAACUGGAACUCAAUUCGCUCAACAUUUCUCAAAUUUCAUUUCCAUUCAUUCAAAUCAAAAAGAUUUAAGUUUAAGUAAGAUUGCCAUCAUUGAAGCAAGACCAGAUCAAAGUAAACAUUUGGAAACGGCUACGAGUAAAUUCUUGAACCUUGAAUUGGAUUUUGUUCAAUUGAGAAAUGAAUCUUAUCAUUCUGAUUCUAGGAUUCCAAGUGAUAUUAGGUUUGGUACUCCGAAGGAAGAUGCAAUGAGACGUGAUAUCACCAUCAAUGCGUUAUUCUAUAACAUUCAUAAUGAUCAAAUCGAAGAUCAGACUGAAUUAGGACUUGAAGAUUUAAAGAAUGGGCUGAUUAGAACACCUUUACCUGCUUUAGAAACAUUUCAAGAUGAUCCACUUAGAUUAUUACGUUGUAUUAGGUUUUCAAGUCGAUUUGGAUUUCGAUUAGAUGAUCAAAUCAUUCAAGCUGCUCAAUCUGAUCAAAUCACUAUGGCUUUACAGGAAAAGAUCAGUAGAGAAAGGAUUGGAAUC